CCCCCUCCCUGGCCCUGCUCGCCCCCGUUUCUUUCUUUUGAGAAGCUUGGAUAGAUAAGAUGGCCUAGUGAGAGAGAUAGAUAGGAUAGCUAGCUCUCUCCCAAGGAGACAUUCCCCGCUUUAUGGAUGCCAUGUGGUUACUGCCACCCUCCUUAAUGACCAUCGCUAACCCAGCCAUGCCAUACCACCGUGUAGUCUAGGUGUAUCCCUCCUCCGUUAAGCUCAGCUCUUUCCCCCUUGAGGCCAACACCCCCCUCCCAGCUCCACCACAAACCUAGCCACAACUAUAAGGUUCCCACUUAGAAGUUAGAACAAGUCACAACACAGCACGCCCCAACAACCCCACCGCCCAAGAACACGCCACAGGAAAGAGAAGAAUCUCAGCUCCGUCCUAAUCGCACCGGCGACUACGCGGGCGAGCGAGCUAGCUCCGGCGAGGCCGGAGACGCCCAUGGAGUACAAGAGGUCAUCGCAUGUGGAGGAGGACGAGGAGCUGGAGGAGGAGGAGGAAGAGGAGGAGGACGAUGAGGAGGAGGAGGAGGAAGAGGACGAGGAGGGGGCGAUGAGGGACCGUCGGCACCAGCACCAGCACCCGCACCAUCAUCGCCACCACUACACCACGGCGCCGGCCACGGCCGCGCCCCCGCUGCACCUGCACAUGCAGGGGCAGGCUCCCCAGGUUCUUGGCUCGCCUGCCGCGGCUGCCUCUUCGCCCUCCUCCUUGAUGGAGGCGGCGGCUUUCUCCAGGCCUCUCUUGCCUCCCAACUCCUCCCUUGUCUCCUCGCCGCCGCCGCCGCCGCAGGCGCCGCCCGGCUUCCUCCUGCCUCAGCACCAGCAUCCCCACCGGAGAAGGGUGGACAGGGAGAGGGAGAAGGAGAGGACGGUGGAGGCGCCUGGGGAGGCCCACCGCCAGCAGCAGCAGCCGCAGCCGCAGCACCAGCGCCAUCAGGAGCCGCAGCCGCAGCGCCAUCAGGAGCCGGCGAGAAAUGGCGUGCUCGGUGGUGGCGCCAUGCCUCCCCCGCCGCCUACGCUUGCCAUCGUGACCGGCGGCGCCACAAGGGCGGCAGGCGAGCACGGUGGCGCCUCGGGGCCGGAGCCGCUGCCGUGGAGGUACAGGGAGUGCCUGCGGAACCACGCCGCGCGGAUGGGCGCGCACGUGCUCGACGGCUGCGGCGAGUUCAUGCCGUCCCCGGGCGACGGGCCCGCCGCGCUGGCCUGCGCCGCGUGCGGCUGCCACCGCAGCUUCCACCGCCGGGAGCCGGUGGUGGUGGUCCCCUCGCCCUCGCCCUCGCCAGCCUCCGCCGUGGUGUCCCCCUCCGCGACCCCAGCCGGCGCCAACUCCCGGCUCAUGCCGCUCCUCCUCGCCCCGCCGCACAUGCAGCAGAAGCGCCCGCACGUCCCGGCGUCCCCGAUGUCCGCGCCCGCCGCGCUGGCCGAGUCCUCGAGCGAGGAGCUGCGCGCCCCGCCGCCGCCGCCCCCUCCGCCCCACUCGCAGGCGCAGGCGGCCGCGGGCGGGUCGGCCUCCGCGCCCCCGGCGCCGAGCAAGAAGCGGUUCCGGACCAAGUUCACGCCGGAGCAGAAGGAGCGCAUGCUGGAGUUCGCGCACCGCGUGGGCUGGCGCGUGCAGAAGCCCGACGGCGGCGUGGUGGACGCCUUCUGCGCGCAGGUCGGCGUGCCCCGCCGCGUGCUCAAGGUGUGGAUGCACAACAACAAGCACCUCGCCAAGACCCCGGCCACGUCCCCGCAGCCGCUGCCGCCGCUCCACCACGACCCUAGCCCUCCUCCCCACCACCAGCACCAGCACCACCCAGCGCCGCCCCACCACCAGCAGCAGCAGCACGGUGCAUGAGCCAGCGAGCAGCAGCAGCACGACGCUAGAGGAUGCAUUAGCCAUUAGCAUUUUUAUCAUUUCUCCCGUGUAAUUCCCGUAACCUCAUCGUUGUCAGGUGUUAACCCGUGCGUCGGCAGUCACUUAGGAGGGAGUAGACCAGUAAUGUGGGAAGAGGUAGCCUGAACCCUGAGACGGCAUGCAUGCAUUCAUUCCUUCUUCCUCUUGCUCAUUGCUCUCGUCUCAUGGAUAAAUAACAAUGGUUAGGUUAGCACGGUGAGAGACAACUGCUUCUUGCUUAGAUCCUACUACUACAUUAGAGAUUUUGGGGCCUCUUUCUCUCUCUUCUCUCUGAUAGUGCUGUAGUGCAUGCGUGCCUGUGCUUGCUUGGAUGUAUGCAGUUGCAGUGGCAUUUCUUGAUGCAAUUGCAGCGGCACUGCCAUUGCCAAUGCACCCGCCCUUCUUGGCUUGGGCACUCGUUGCUUUUUGACUUUGCUUUUCGGGCUUGUUGGAUUCCCUUUGGCAGAGGGGCAUUGUGUUGUGGUGUGUGCUGCAUGCAUUGGGGUGAGGGAGGGGCCCUGUGGUUGCUUGCUUGGAAUGUACUUAGGCGUGGGGGUUUGUCAUUUGGUGUGCAAAGUACAAUUAAGGAGGGGGUCAUUACAGGAUUGUUCCUAAGCUCCUGCCCUAGCUUUCUGCCUUGAUUGGGUGGGGCCGCCGUUAACCCCCCUUUCCUAAGUUGUCUCGGCAGCCUUUCCGGGGGGCAAUUUUGUUUGAGCUGCUGCUGCUGUUGCUGCUUCCAUGGAUGAUGGGCUUCUGCCAAAGCCCUUGUUUUUUUUUCUCCUCUUCUCUCCCUGAUUUCCGGUGGUGGUGACGGUGGUGGUGGUGUCAAGUUGUUGGACUUUGGCCAGAAGGCAGCGAGCAGCAGGCGCAUGUGAGAGCGGACUGUGUGUGUCAGAAGCUGAUCAAAGGGAAGCGAGACCGGACCGGCCUGCGUUUUGAGUGUGUGUGUGUGUGCGUUGGGUGGAUGGCAGCGCAAAGUGAAUGAUGAUAUGUACAUUGUCGGCAAAAUUGAAGGCUUGCAUCAGAAGCCCAUCCAGCCCUGCAAUUUGGUGCGAUUUUGGCAAUGACAUUUCAUCCCGUGGUUUGUUC